CGCCGUGAGGGAAGCGGGCGGGGCGGCGGCGCUGAGGCGAGGCAAAGCGAAGAGAAACGAAGCGGGGGCGGCGGAGCAGGUGCAGGCUGGGCGGCCUCGCCGUCCGCCGGCCCUGCUCACCCGCGCCCGCGCCCACAGGUGGGCUGGAGGCCUCCGCCGCCGGGCUCCGCGGCGCCGUGGGCAUGCGGGCGCGGCCUGCGCGCGCGUGAGCGACGAUGGGGACUCAGGGCAGCCCGGUCAAGAGCUACGACUACCUGCUCAAGUUCCUGCUGGUGGGUGACAGCGACGUGGGCAAGGGCGAGAUCCUGGAGAGCCUGCAGGAUGGCGCGGCCGAGUCCCCGUACGCCUACAGCAACGGGAUCGACUACAAGACCACCACCAUCCUUCUGGACGGCCGGCGGGUCAAGCUGGAGCUCUGGGACACGUCGGGCCAGGGCAGGUUCUGCACCAUCUUCAGGUCCUACUCCAGGGGCGCACAGGGGAUCCUCCUGGUGUAUGACAUCACCAACCGCUGGUCCUUCGACGGCAUUGACCGAUGGAUCAAGGAGAUCGAUGAGCAUGCACCCGGGGUCCCCCGGAUCCUGGUUGGGAACCGGCUGCACCUGGCCUUCAAGCGGCAAGUCCCGACAGAGCAGGCACGCGCCUACGCGGAGAAGAACUGCAACUUCUUUGAGGUCAGCCCGUUGUGCAAUUUCAAUGUCAUCGAGUCCUUCACCGAGCUGUCCCGCAUCGUGCUCAUGCGGCAUGGCAUGGAGAAGAUCUGGAGGCCCAACCGAGUGUUCAGUCUGCAGGACCUUUGCUGCCGGGCCAUCGUUUCCUGUACCCCCGUGCACCUCAUCGACAAGCUCCCGCUGCCUGUCACUAUCAAGAGCCAUCUCAAGUCCUUCUCAAUGGCCAAUGGCAUGAACGCCGUCAUGAUGCAUGGGCGCUCCUACUCGCUGGCCAGUGGCGCUGGGGGUGGCAGCAGCAAGGGCAACAGCCUCAAGCGGUCCAAGUCCAUACGCCCCCCCCAGAGCCCACCCCAGAACUGCUCACGGAGCAACUGCAAGAUCUCGUAGUCACCUGCUGUCCUGAUGUGCCCUGGGAGGGCUGACGCCUUUGGAGAGUUCCCGGCUGGGCCUGGGCCGAACACAGUAUACAGGGAAAACUUUGGCCACACAGCCCCUCCUGGGAAGCGUGGGGAUGCACCUAGUAGGCUGGGGUCCCAGCCAAACCAGUUCCACAGGAUGGGGAGGGCCAGGCUGCCGGGAUUGUGGCAGAAAUGCCCAGGCCUCCAAGGGGCGGCUGAGAAGAGCCCAGGAGGCAGCUUGGCCUGGCCCCAGCCUUGAAGGGGCUGUCCCUGGUGACUGAGAGGCCAGAUUCCCUUUCUUAUUUAUGUAAAAGAUGGUUCACCCCUUUUGUACAUUUUUAAAGAAGCAGCAGGGAAGCCUUGAUGCAAUGACACGGUGACGACUGUGGGGAUGAGCUUUGGGACAUUGGGAGAGGGGGUGUAUUUGAGGCAAAGAUGGGAAGGAAUCCACCAUCACAGCUUGAAUCUGAAUUCACCUAAUACUUCACAUGGGGGUGUGGGCUGUGUAGGGGCCAGUGGGGACAUGUGGAAGCUUUGGGCAGGAACCUUGAACUCCCCAGCUACACUCGUUGGCUUCUCUGAGCAUGGUGAGCAGCAUGCCCACCACGUAGCUCUGGGCAGCGGUGAGCGUGCGGGCCCCAGCAGUCUGCACAGUGGGUCUGCAGCUUCAGGCUCCCGCCAGCCUUCUGGACGUGUUCCAGUGUGUCAUGGAGCUCUGGGCUCAGAGCCAGGGCAACUCACAGGUUACCGAGUGGAAUUUCCAUGUUUCUUGGAAAAGGGGACGUGGGGUGCGCCCCCUAACUCCUUCCCCAGCUCCCCCUCCCCUACAUGGGGGCCAACAACCUUCCUUCCCUGAUUCUGCACCUCUGGUUCUGUUUACAUCUGUUGCUACAUGAAAUUGGCUCGGCGUCUCUGAGUUGAAGGCACAGAGCUACUUAUAGAUGAUAAGUACUCCCUGGGGCCACCGGGCCCUGGGCAGAUCUGGACUGAGCCCACCCCAUUUGCCUUCUGGGGUGUCUAGACCCUGCUCUGGCCAGCUUCUGUCUCCUGACCUUGGGUGUGAUCCCAUAGCUGCUCCUUACCUGGUGUCAUCCCUCUGUGAGGUCACCUGUCACCAAACCUUUCUCACCCUUUUCUUAGUGGUGGAUGCUGAGCCCCUCCUCGAGGACCCACCAGCCAGCCUGAGCUGGAGGCCAGGCCUCCUUCCGUCCACCUGGCUGGUGACGUGGCCACUGGUCACACUGGUGCUCAACUCUACCUCCUGCCCAUGGGCCCUUCCCUGGCCUGUGAUACCCCACCCCAACCCCCUGCUCGGGGACUGUCCUGGGUGCUGCUGUUCUGGGAGGCGAGGCAGGGAGGGCCUGCAGCACGUGUGAGCUGGGAGCCUGGCUGAGGCCUGGCUGCCAGCAGGGGUCAGGCGGAGGAGGCCCCACCUGUCCUGUCCUGCCAGCAGGAGCCCCUUCUCUGAACUUUGUUUUGAGGAAAUAGAUGAUCCUGCAUUCACCAUAUCAACACUACCCUUUGCUGCUGUCCACACUUGCACCGUUCCUGGGCUUGUUUUGGAUGGUUUUAGUUUCUUUGUACAGUAAACAUAAUUCAGCUCUGGA